AUGAGUGUCAUCACUUUCGACGUAGAGGUCACGUCACCCAUUCCCCUGGCCAAGAUGUUCAAGGCCUUUAUCCUCGACGCCGAUAAUCUCCUCCCCAAGGUCCUCCCGCAAGCUGUCAAGAGCAUUGAAGUCCUCGAGGGCGAUGGAGGUACCGGGACCAUCAAGUUGAUGACUUUUGGUGAAGGCAGUCGGUACAAGACAGCGAAGCACAAGGUCGAGGCCCUGGACAAGGAGAACUUUACCUACUGCUACUCAAUCAUCGAGGGCGAAAUACUGGGCAGCGCCUAUGAGAAGAUCAGCCAUGAGUUGAAGAUCACCCCAUCGCCCGAGGGAGGCUCGGUGUUGAAGAGCACAAGCAGUUACUUCACCAUUGGCGAGGAGGACGUCACCGAGGAGGAGAUCAACGCCGGGAAAGAGGAGGCGUCCGCAAUGGUCAAGGCCAUCGAGGCUUAUCUCGUGGCAAACCCUGAUGCCUAUUGA